GGUCUGGUGAAUUUUGCAUUGGCCAAUGAAAUCAUAACUUCCUUUUGCUUGUCUGGUAUUUCGGAAGUCAUUCCAUUUUCAUACGUAUGAGAUGAUACCCGAUGAGUUCCGAUAAGCAAAUAACACAAUUAAAAAUGGCGUCGAUAAGUGCCACGCCGAGGAAAACAUGUCUUUUGUCGGAUGCGUGUAUCCUCUGUGGAUUUUGUUUUAAACAAAUUGAGAAAGCAAGUGACGGUAGUGAAAAAAUCCAAAAGUUUAGCGAAAUUAAACUGCGUUUAAAUGAAGAAAGGUGGGGGAAUAUCAGGAAACUGACGGGUGUGUUGACAGAUUUGGAUGAAAAAGGCCUUGGAGGGGUUUGCAAAAAAUGUUAUCGACAGGUUGAAUCUGUUUUAAAAAUUGAAGCCAAAAAUGCAGUUGUUAAAGAACGUUUUCGUGAAAUGGCAGUGCGAACUUUGAAAACAAAAAUGUUACAACUGCCGUCUCCCCGAAGAACAUCAAUAACGAAAAGAAUGCUCCGGAGCCCGGAUACACAUGUGCCCUCUACGAAGAAGAAAUCUUUCGACGUAUCUGUUGUGAAGCUUGUACAACUGACGCCCUUUAAAGAUCUGACGAAUACAAGAACGGAUUCAUCGAAAGCAGGGCUGUCUAUGCCUGUACAUACUGCAUGUAUCCCUAUUGCACCACAGGAGAAACAAGUUGGUAUGUAUAAAAAUAUGUGAAUCAUAAUUGAUAGAAUGAAUGAUUGAUUUAAAUAGAGCUUUUAAUAAUCAAGGUGUGUCAUGAAAUGCAAAAAAAAAAAACCUUACAGUGUGUCCACCUGGCAGUCGUUCUGUUUGAAAACAAUUAACUUCUGUGACAUGAAAAGUUUCAAGACUGAAAGUGCAUGCUUUCAUUAUAUAUACUAACUGUUGUACUUGACUUUUUUAGGGAUAUACCUAUGGGUUUGUUUCACAUUGUGUAUCAAUGCUUAUUUAUCAACAUUAACUAUAUACGAAGCAUUUUAAAGGUACUAUAUUAGGCCAGUAAGAAAUUUAAGUAAUUGCAGGAAACAUAUGGGACAUAUAGGAAAUAUGUGACAACAUGGCAGUGUGUUACAUGUGUCUUUGAAAGCUAUCUGAAUCUCAAUGCAGUUCAACAACUCACACAUUCUUAUACACAGCACCUGCAUUAUCCUACAAAGCAUCUUGAGAACCUCAAUCAGAAUGUGACCAGAAAAGGAAUUACAGAGUCAUAGUUUGAAAUGUUGUCCUACUAAACAGCAUUGUACUUGAUUUUAAACACAGUUAUGGAAACAAAAGGUUAUGUCACAAUACAGCAUAAUGCCAUACAAUGAUUAUUUCAUUUGAAAAAUAUUUCUGAAUCCAUUUUUGGUCUAAUUAUUAUGAAAUCUAAAGCAUAUAAUACAUAACAUUUAGACAUAAAUUCUGUUCAUGUUUUUUAAAGUUUUACCAACAAUUGCAGAAAUAUGACAACUGAAACUUUAAUAUCAGCUUAGAGCACUCCAUUUCCUUAAAUAUUAUCCUUUGUCAGAAUGGAAUGAAAUCAUUGAGUGCGGUGUUCCUACAGUCAUAUAAUGUGUUUGACUGUUCAGGAAAACAAAAUCAAGACAUUGAGACCAGAAACUGCAGAUAUUUGUAUUUUUAAUGGUGUAAAAAUUGACCUUAGAUGAUUUUAUGAGAAAUAUGUAGAAAAGUGAUUGUUUUCAAUGAAAUAUAGAACUUGACUCAUUUAUAGCACUAUACUGUAGAUGUAUAAUGUCAACAGUUGUAUAAUAAAUGGACAAAAGAUGAUUAAUUUCAUGAAAGUGGAUUGUAAGUAGUUUAUAACAUAACCUGUAAUAACACAUUAUUUUCAUUGGAUGAUUUGAAUCUAACAUAUAUAGAUUUCAAUAAAACAUCCUUAUCAGAAUGAAAAGAAAAUGCAAAAAUUCCUGUAUACAAAUACUGGAUUUUAUCUUUCUAGAGGGUGCAUCAACAAAUAAAAAAGGAUCUAAGCGAUCUUUAGAUUUUGAGACUAAUAGAGACCAAAGCGACAUUCAACCCACACCUUUAGAUGGGUCGAUUGAGGUUAACUUGUAAAUUGAAAGUGUAGCAAAAGUUUUUACUGAUCAGUUCAAUUCUAGAUGUUCAUGUUAUACUUAGUCACUAACAUAGUAUUUCAUUAAUCAUGAUUCAGUUUAGCUCACCUUAGCUGAAAGCUUAAGUGGGCUAUUCUGAUCACAUCUGUCUGUCCAAAAACUUUUCACAUGUUUGACUUCUUCUCCAGAACCAUGAAGCCAAUUUCAUUCAAAAUUGGCACAAAUCAAUUCUUGGGUAAAGGGGAUUCAAGUUUGUUCACAGGAAUGUUCUCUUCAAAGGGGAGGUAAUGAAGGAAAUGCAAAAAAAGAAAGAAA